CUCGCCUUUGAUUUGGGAUCGCCUCCCUGCUCCAUUGCUGGAUCACUCGUCGUUAUUGAUGAUUUCUUGCCUCGACAUUUCCAUGGUAACUGUCCUGUCUAAGGUCUGAUCAGCAGCGGUGUGCGGCAAUGGAGAAUGGAGAAGAGAAAAAACCCGACCCUAAAUACGGGCAGUCCAGGGAGUUUGACCCAAACUUUAAAGGUCCGAUCCAAAACAGGGGCUGCACAGAUGUCACCUGCUGCAUUCUCUUCAUCUUGGCCUUAUUGGGGUACUUUGCAGUUGGUAUUAUUGCUUGGUCUCAGGGUGACCCCAGAAAAGUGAUCUACCCCACAGACAGCAGAGGGCAGUUCUGUGGACAAGCUGGAACACCCUUGGCGAACAAACCCCUUCUGUUCUAUUUCAACAUCCUGAAAUGUGCCAGUCCUCUGGUGCUGCUGGAGUUCCAGUGUCCCACUCCACAGCUAUGUGUGGAAAGCUGUCCUAACAGGUAUCUCAAAUUGAGCAAUGUCAUGAAAGGCGAGGACCGUGAAUACUACAGAAAGUACUGCAAGGAAGGAGUGAACUUCACCACCAUGUCUGUUCCUGAGAUCCUGAGGGAUCGCUUGUGUCCUGGUAUUCUGAUGCCCAGUAAAGCAUUCACGCGUCGAUGCCUUCCUGCCCUGGGAACGAUGAAAGGUGGUGUGGUGGUGGUCGGCAACGUGACCAGUUUUAUCGGUGAAGGAGACCAAAAUGUCAAUGCUAGUGACGUGCUGGAGGCGUCAAAGAAAUCAAAUGUUGUUGUAGAAGCUCGUCAAGUCGCCAUGAGAAUCUUUGAGGACUACACUCAGUCUUGGCACUGGAUAUUACUCGGUCUGGUGAUAGCCAUGGUUGUGAGCCUGAUUUUCAUCGUCCUGCUGCGCUUCUUGGCUGGCGUCAUGAUUUGGAUCAUGAUUGUUUCGGUUAUUCUGGUGAUUGGAUAUGGUAUUGUCCACUGUUACAUGGAGUUUGCCAGUCUGAAGGGACAACCUGGUGCUGACGUCACCAUCCGUGACCUGGGCCUGCAGACGGACUUCUCUGUGUACCUGCAGAUCAGGCAGACCUGGCUGGCUUUCUUGAUCAUCCUGGCUAUUGUGGAGAUCAUCAUUAUUCUCCUCCUCAUCUUCCUGAGGAAGAGAAUCAUGAUCGCCAUCGCCCUCAUCAAAGAAGCCAGCAGGGCUGUUGGCCACAUUAUGUCAUCGCUGUUCUACCCACUGCUGACUUUCACCCUUCUGGCUUUGGUGAUUGCUUACUGGGCAAUUACUGCCGUUUUCUUAUCCACGUCUAAUGAGCAGGUGUACAAAGUGUUCAAUGAGACUGACUGUCCGUAUUCACGAGACACCUGCAACCCUGAGACAUUCAACGCAUCCAAUGUUUCAACGGUGUGCCCAGAUGCAGAGUGUUUGUUUGCCUUCUACGGCGGUGAGACUCUCUACCACAGAUACCUUAUCCUGUUUCAGUUCUACAACGUCUUCCUCUUUUUCUGGUGUGCCAACUUUGUGACGGCCCUGGGCCAGGUCACUCUGGCAGGGGCCUUUGCCUCGUAUUACUGGGCCUUCAAAAAGCCGGACGAUAUCCCCGCCUACCCCAUCUACUCCUCUCUGGGACGCGCUCUCAGAUACCACACAGGCUCCCUUGCUUUUGGCUCUCUGAUCCUGUCUCUGGUCCAAGUCAUCAGGGUCCUUUUGGAGUAUCUGGAUCACAAGUUAAAAGGCGCUCAGAACAAGUUUGCUAAACUUAUGCUGAAGUGCAUGAAGUGCUGCUUCUGGUGUCUGGAGAAAUGUAUCAAGUUCCUGAACAGAAAUGCCUACAUCAUGAUUGCAAUCUAUGGAAAGAGCUUCUGUACCUCAGCUCGAGACGCUUUCUUCCUUCUUAUGAGGAACAUUGUCAGGGUGGCUGUUUUAGACAAAGUGACUGACUUCCUCCUGUUUCUUGGGAAGCUCCUUAUCGUUGGCAUUGUGGGGAUCUUCUCUUUCUUCUUUUUCUCUGGGAGAAUCAAAGCUGUAGAGGAGGCGGCGCCAUCUCUUAAUUACUAUUGGGUGCCAAUACUGACCCUGGUAGUGGGAUCCUACCUGAUCGCCCAUGGCUUCUUCAGUGUGUACGCCAUGUGUGUGGACACUCUGUUCCUCUGCUUCUGUGAGGACUUGGAAAGAAAUGACGGCUCUCCUGAAAGGCCUUACUUCAUGUCCCCUGAGCUGCACGAGAUCCUCUCCAAAGCACAGAGGGUGGAGGAAGACCACAAUGGUGUUGAGCAGGCAGAUGCUGCAAAAGCAAUGGCCGAUGUGAAACUGGAGGAGGAAACGCCUCUGCAGCAUCAGCAGGAUGGAGAGAUCCAGCUGAAACAGCAGACGGUGCUCAAGCAGGACAAUGAGGAGGAGCAGCCCCUGCAGUCCAAGAUGGAUGCUGAAGAGGCACAAGAGGAGAAUACUGAAGAACAAAAAGCCAGUCAAGUGGAGGAAUCUGAAAACAAGGAAGAGCCAGAAGUGAACGAAGUGGCUGAAAAGCAGGAGCUGAAACCAGAGGAAAAGACAGAGGAGGUGCCAGCUGCACCCGUGGAGGCUGAGAAAGAGAAGACUGGUGAAAGUAAAGAGGACAAAGAGAAGCCUGAGGAAGAUAAUCCUCUGUCAGCUCCACAGGAGUAAACGCAGAAAACAAGUGAAGCCUGGUAAACAUCAUGAAGCUUAAAGAAAGAGAGAUGUGUCCUUACAACCUUGUAAUAUGGACCCAUUAAAUGUACAGCAGACGACAAGCUAAACUUUAAGAUUGCUUUGCUAUGUGAGUGGAGUGACGUAUUCCUGGAGAAGGUCAAAGCAGGUCAAAAGCCCAGUGCAUCUCUGUAGCUUGACAAAAAAAAUGCUCUAUUGUGUUGGUUUUAGAACAGUGUUGGUUUUUAUAUUGUGAAGAUCUGUAGAACAUUGUGAGUGCUGAACCUGUGCCUGAUUACUGUCACUGAUACUUGUUUGUCUUAAUCCUGUUAACAAAUGCACUACAGAACCACUUAAGUACCGUGUUUACAGUCAGAGCAAACACAUCACAAUCGAUGGUGAAUCUCUUUCACUGUUUACAAUAAUACCAGCUGACGCCAAAAUGUUUCAGACAUAUUUGAUAUACUGUAUGUUGGGCCGUUUUUUCCUAUGGGACUCGUGUAUAUACAGUAGUGUACGUCUAUUAUGUAUUUUUCAGCUUCAGUCUAGUAGAGAUCCUCACCGUGAUGGGAUCCCUUAUCUUGUAUUGCCACCUUCUUGCCUUGGUAUUUCGGACAGGCGUAAGUGCUGUGAUUGUGUUGCCAUGAUGCAGUCAUCAUGACCUCUCAGACUCUGCAGACCCCUUCCAAGCGUUUACUGACUCCGCCUGCCUCACUCUUUCCCUCCCCUUGAUCUGUCUCUCUUUCUAAGGACCUGGCCUUCUGAAUGCUUGCAACUAACAACUUAAGUCUCUGAAUGCUUUUCUACCUUUUCUCUUGUUUGUCACUUUGUGAAAGAUGUGAAUUGACUUCCCACUGAAAUUACUGAUGACAUUCCAUAUUUAUUGGAUGUAAUUCUCCAUUAAAAUUGAUUGUAUGUAA